AUGUCGCAGGGCGCCCGCGACCAUUGCUUUCCGAGCUGGCGGCCGGCUGCUGUGCUUCUGUUGCUGAUCGGCAGCGAAGCGCUUUUCCCCUGGUCAAGCCAAAGCUCCCUUUUUGAGCGAGAUCCAUGGAGCCUCGAAGAGGCCCAGAGGAUUCUCGAUGAGAUUGAGAUCGAAGUCAGCCUCCAGCAGGAGCAAGAGCGACUUCGUCGCCUGAGCGGAGAUGCCUUUGAGGAGCCCAGCCGCGGUCUCUCACCCAAGCCCUGGUUCCAGGAGAUGUCGGAGAGGUAUGGCGCACCUCUCCAACAACAUCCGCAGAGGUAUGGCCUUAGGCUCGGACGCCGGUUGGAGGCCCAAGCUUUACACGAGAACAACACGGUGCCCAUCAGAUUCCAUCUGAACUUCGACACGCUUUACGAGGACAAGGUUCAGGCGAAUCCUUUCACAAAGGAUCGGUACUGCUUCCAGGAGGGGGCUUGGUUCCGCGUCGGCUACCCCGAGGAUCCCAAGCCUGUCGGGGCGGGCCCAGACAACUGCGGCGAUCGCGCGAGCUCCUACCCAACCGGGAACAAGUGGUGCAUUUGCGUGGCCAACGAUGUCAUCACAGAACAGAUGAGAUCUUUCGCCAUCGAAGCAACCACCGAGGCCAUGAAAGACAUGCCCACUUUCAUCCAGGUGCUGCCUGUGGAAGGCACCCUGAAAUUCAGGAGCUGGGAAGGCUCCUUUCCGGCCAUGUGGCAAAAGACGCGGCAAACGGGUGUAGCCUGUGAUCCGGACUGUCAGAAAGGGCUCCAUGUCGUGGUGCCAGACAGCCUUUGCAGCGAGGGCCUCACCAACACGGACGCCGUGCUCUCGGUGAGCAUGCCGCCUCCUGUGCCGGGAGUGGGUGGUGCUGGUACCUUCUGUUCUGCAGACCAACGUGGUCGACCCCUGCACCUGAUUUUCCAGUGGCACCGACGAGUGAGUGAGAACCAAUUCAGCGAGUUCAGCACCCAGGAGCUUGUUCGUCACUGGCGUGGCCUCGUUCUCCAUGAGGCCAUCCAUGGCCUUGGCUUUGGUUCGUCGCUUUGGCGCAACAGCUACCACGCUGGUGGAGAGCGGCGCCAGCUGGUGAAGCAGCUGGAGGUCACGGAUCAGGACGGCACAAAGGACUUCAUCUACCACUUCAUGAGAUAUACGCGGACCUAUGAAGUUGCCAAAGACUACUUUGCCUGCGAAGAGGACGCUGACUGGCAGGGCCUCCCUUUGAUGAGUUGGCCCGUUUCAGGCCGAGACACGCACCACGAGACCCGAAUCCUUCGCGACGAUGUAAUGUCUUAUGGAAACGGCUUAGAGGCCGUGUCUGCGAUCACACUGGCGGCCCUGGAGGACAUCGGCCACUACUUCGCCAACUAUAGCAAUGCCGAGUGCCGUUCGGAGCCGAAGAUGGAGCUGAGAAGUAAGAUUUAG